UCUGGCUCUCACUCAUGCCUGCACGUGCAUGUGAGCGACAAGACGAGAAGACACUUGGAGGAAAGUUGUAUGCGAAAGGAAAUCGUCGGAGGAAACCUGGCCAGAAACGGAGUGGAGCUGCAGCAUGGACCGAGACGAAGGAGUGAUGAGCACCAGCCUUGAUGCUCCUUCGAGUCCGAGGCAGCUGACUGGGUUGGGGAUGAACUGUCUUCUCGGUGAAAAAUACAGACACCCUGGUCCAGGUCUCGCAAGUCCUCAGGAAUACAACCAGUGGCUGCCUUAUCGCCAUGACGCCAGCCUCCUGCCCAUGAAAGAAGACCUGGCUUUCUGGCUCAACUCCAUGAUGGGUGUGGACCUCACCGCAGACGAUCUCGUGGAGAGGUUGGAUAACGGCGUUGUCCUCUGUCAGAUGGCGCAGCUGCUCCAGGAGAAGAUGAUCGGCGGCAGCGGCGGCAAGUCUUUUAUAAGACGAGUGAUCCACUGGCGACCUGAUGCCACUUCCGGAUCGUUUUUCGCCCGAGAUAACGCAGCCAACUUCCUCUACUGGUGUCGCAAGAUUGGCGUGGAUGAGGCUUACCUGUUUGAGUCUGAGGAUUUGGUCCUUCACAAGCAGCCUCGGGAGGUUUGUUUGUGCCUGAUGGAGCUGGGAAGGAUCGCAGCCAGGUAUGGAGUGGAGCCUCCAGCGCUGGUGAAGUUGGAGAGAGAGAUAGAGAGGGAGGAGGCGGGUUGCUUAUCUCCAUCGUCCCCUCUGCCCCUUUCCUUUUUUCCCCCUUCACCAUUGUCCUCACCAACACAGACAUCCCGGCCCACAGCCCCCUCUCCUCCUCCUCCCUCUCCACCUGUGCCCCUCACUCCAAGCACAACCUGUGUGUCUGAACCCCUCGCUUCCUCUGAUCUUCCAUCAGCCACAACAAACCCAGUGCCUCCAUGUUUACCCCCUCCCCGCUCCUCCAUCCCAGCCUCUAACCCUUCUACAGCCACGGCCUCAACACAAACACCUUUGUUCUCCUCUCCCUGCUCUGUUAAUGCACCUGCUUCGCUGCCACUAACGGCGCCAUCACCUGGCCAAACCCAGGAAGUCUCUUCUACCUCAGUAAACAACCACACUGCACCACUUACACCUCCCGUCAAAUCCCCACCUGCAGCGCAAACGCCGCGAUCCUCAAGCAGAUCCACAAGCAGGAGGAGCACGAGCACCAACAACAUCUUAGAUGAUAUAGUGAGAAACAUCAUUGAAAAUCCCCCCUGCAGCUGCGCCACCAGGUUCCCUGUGGAGAAGCAACCUAAAGGCUGCUACAGAGUCGGGGAUAAAGUUCUUUACAUACGGAUGCUGAACGAGCGUCACGUGAUGGUGCGCGUGGGCGGAGGCUGGGAGACGUUCAUCAGUUACCUGCAGAAGCACGACCCCUGCCGAGGAGGCGUGGCCGGCAGGUCCGAGGUCAAGGUGUGCAGGUUGAAAGCAAAGGCGCCCACUUUGAACAUGUCGCCCGACAGCUACAUGGUGGUCGGCUCCACCAGGAAGUAGACUCUUUUCGAGAGCUACGUCACAGAAAUGUGCGCGUGCAGCUUUAGGGUCAGAAAAACACACUCGUACCAUUAACUUGUACAACUGUCCGACACAUGAGAUGCCUACAUGUUAUCACAAGUUAUCAUUCAUCAUCUCUGUCAGUUAGAUUACGGUGAAAAGCCUACGCUAUGAAACCUACGCUGCUUGGAAGCAGUUAGCUUGUAGUUAGCUGCCGGCCGGCUAGCGCGUUGACAAGUAAACAUGGUGUGCUAAAAGCGUUCCUUGUAAGACUUGUAUGCGCGUAGACUUUCUGACUUUCGUGGACACGCUAGGUUUAUAGCUAAUAUUAGCAUUAUUAUAUAUUAUAUAUUAGCAUAUUAUUAGCAAGUGGCCAGCCAUUCUCUACAGGUAAGAGUGAAUAGCUAGCCACUUGCUAAUAUUAUCUAUCUACUAUCUCUUGCCAUCAGCUAGUACUAAUUUAUUAUUAGUGCUAGUAUUGUUCGCGUCCCUAUAUCGGCAACGAAAGAACAUAUUCAGAAUUAUUCGGCGAAGGACAUACAUGUUAUUCGCUUACCUGUUGUGACGUUUUCUGAGCCCAAACUGCGUGCGCAUUCUCGCUAGGCUUGGAAUGUUUACAUGUAUACAAUGAAAGGGUCUAUUCAAACCAUUUCCAAAAGGAAAGAUGUGUGUGUGUGAAGACGUGAGGAUGUAAAAUCACACAACAAAGGUAAUUAAAGAUCCAAAGUGUCAAAUUUAGGUAGAUAAGAUUAAAUAAUGAUACUUGUUUUUUGUAAUGUAAAACAACAACACUGUGGGUUUUUUUUAUGGUAGCCCACAAUGGACAAACUAAGCAUCUUUUAAGUUUGACUUUGAGGGCAAUUCACAGCACACAGUGUAAAUGUGGGAGCUGAAAGUUGCUCUGAUUGUGAGCAGAUUAACACAUAUUUACCAUAAUAUAUAGUUUUUUGUUAAUUGAUUUUAUAAAAUAUUUUAUAAAAAGGAAAUCGGUAUCAAAGUAUCAUAUUGAGCCUCACAUAGGAAUAAUGUUUCCUUAUUAUUUCUUUAUCCACCUGUGACAAUAAAGCUCCACGACUGCUCGUAUGCAAUACUUAGUCUUUUUUGGAUUAACUGAGAAUGUCAAUGGUGUUAAUUUUCAUAUUUUUUUUUACAGUAACUUGUUGCGUUAGUCAUAUCAUCGUACUGUAGUUUGAUUUUGUAUUAUUUUAGACAUUAAAAGCUUAUAACAUGGUUUUACAUAGAUGUGUGUGUGCUAUCAUUUUUCAUUUUAAAAUUCUUUUCAUGCACAAUUUACUUCUUUCUUCCUCCACCUGAUCUGUCACCUUCAUGAAAUGAGUGUCCACUGCUGUUCUGUUCAUUUAUUAACAUAAUAUAAACAUAUGCAGGUGUGCAGCAUUAUUUAUUUUGUUCAGUAACGAUAGGAAAAACUGAACACAGGAACAUCCCCAAUGUUUUUGUGUUUUUUUAAAUGUAUUUCAUAAAACUAUGAAAAAUCCUGCUAUCGUCCAUCUAGUGUAAUUUAUGAU